CAUGGCGGACGUUGAUGUGAUACACGAAUAGCGGAAUAGCUGCGCUUUCAAUACCGUUUUUCUUCUCUUGGUUUAUCAGUAUGAUUAUCAGAUAUCUGUAAGAGUAGCCAGUGUUGGAUAAUGUCUGCCAAUCCACGACCUCUUCGCCUUCCUCCCAUGCCAAAAGUAGCCGACCUCCUUCGUGUAUACGGGCUGUCCGCGAAGAAGCAACUUAGCCAAAAUUUCAUUCUUGAUCUGAACAUUACAGACAAGAUUGCAAAAGUUGCAGAUGUGUUUGAUUGCCAUGUUUGUGAAGUAGGAGCUGGUCCAGGAUCACUUACAAGGUCCUUGCUGCAUGCAGGAGCCAAACAUGUUGCUGCUGUGGAAAUUGACAGAAGAUUUCUUCCCUCGUUAGAGAUGCUUGAAAGUGCCAGCAGAGGAAGACUGUCGAUACAUCAUGCAGACAUCAUGAAGUUCUACAUACCAGAUGCUUUACCAAAAGCUGAUACUGUGCAUUGGAACUCAGAUGUUCCAGGUGUUCGUAUGGUGGGUAAUCUUCCAUUCAAUGUAUCCAUUCCUCUUCUUCUGCAAUGGCUUGAAGCAAUUCCGCAGAGAGCUGGGCCAUUCACAUUUGGUAGGACACCAAUGGCACUUGUGUUCCAGAAAGAAGUGGCAGAGAAUAUCCAGGCUCCUCCUGGAGACAGGGAAUGCACACGCCUUUCCAUUAUGACCCAGUAUCUGUGUGAAGUCAACAAGAAGUACUUGAUACCAAGCAAAAUAUUUGUACCAGAACCAAAGGUUGAUGCCAUGCUGUUACGUUUUGUACCAAGGGUCACUCCCCUUAUUGAAGCUCCGUUCGUUGUAGUGGAGCAAGUAGUGAAAGCAAUAUUCUCAGAAAGACGGAAAACCAUUAGAAAUUCGCUACGGACACUGUUCCAUACAAAGCCAGAAUUAUCGGAGGAGCUCUUCGCGAGGACCGGGGUUGAUUCCACUCUUCGUCCCAACCAAGUUAACUUCAAGGAUUAUGGGAAGAUUUGUCACUCAUUUAUAGAAAUAUCACGUGAACAUGACAUGCCAAUCACGCCUCUUAGAAUGCGCAAGCCUGUUGCCGUGGCAACGAAGAAAAACAACACAGAUGUGGACGCUCGCACCAGUUAUCAAAUCACGCAGUAAUAUAGGCCUUAUUUCAGCGGAUAAGGAGAAUUGCCAUAAUGUUGUGGCAUGGCAGGAUGGCCUGUCGAUCUGUCAUGUCACUCUAGCCACUCUAGUAUCACGAUCCGGCUCUUAUUGUAGAAACACAAAUGCUGUCAGUCUUAAGAUAACAAAUGUGUCACGUCCUAUCUAUGGCAUAAAAUUAUGGGCUUUUCAGUUUCUCUGCCCACAUAGUUAUGCACUUUUCAGCGGACAAUUCGUCGGAGUAAAAAUUGCGCUGAAUUCUCAAUUCCACCCUACAAGAAAUGGAUAGUGUAGAGGGUAGAAUUAGAGAAAGACAGUUUGGUGAAAAUGUCGGUAAUUAUAAGGCUAUAUCGCAGGCGGUAGGUGAUUUCAAAAACAUUCAAGGUAUUCUCAGCAUAAAAUAGCUCAAACUUGAAGAUAAGAUGGAGAGGGUGUAAGUACUUUUUAAAUUCAAGUUAGUUUGGUACACCAAGAGCGCAAGGGUCGCAAAUAUGGUUUUUAGACCGUCGCCAUAGCAUUAGCUGGAUUUCCCCGUCAGACUUGGAUCUCUCGUCUAUAACUAAAUUAGCCAGGGAAAUUGUUGCCCAUGGCGGUUCAGCGCCUUUGAAUUUAAUCUAUAAGUAUUUGCAAACUUGCAGUUGUUUGUUGAAGGCACAUCUCCACUGUACCUUCUUCUUUACAGCUGAAAUACUAUCAUUAACGUUGUUAUCAAUAUUUGGGAACGUUACAACUUUUGAAAAAAAAAGAUUUAAAGAAAAUAGAUCAUUUCACGCCAGUUUCAGAAGAAAAAACCUAAGAAGACAAAACCUCAAGAGAUGAAAGAUAAAGUUGUGUUCGAGAAAAUUUCAGUGGAAUGCUAAAAUUAAUGCCAAACUACAUAGUGUAGUGUGCUUCAGCUCAUGGCGAGGGAAGAAAAGAUAAACGAGAUUUUAAUUAGCA